AUGACGACCCCACGCGCCUUCGUCAUCCGCCACGGCGAGACGGAGUGGUCCCUCAACGGCCGCCACACCGGCUCUACCGAUAUCCCGUUGACGGCGAACGGCGAGAAGCGUGUCCGGGCCACCGGCCGGGCCCUGGUUGGAAACGACCGUCUCAUCGUGCCCAAGAAGAUCUCUCACGUCUACGUCUCCCCUCGCAAGCGUGCUCAACGCACCUUUGAGCUCCUCAACUUCGGCCUCACCGAGGAGCUUCCUUGGAAGAAUCACGGUCAGGUCGAGGGCGGCGGUCCCCAGUGCAACGCCUGUGUCGAGGUCACCGAGGACAUCCGCGAGUGGGACUACGGUGACUACGAAGGCAUCACGAGUCCUGAGAUCCGCCGCAUCCGAAAGGAGCAGGGUCUGUCGGAAAACUGGGAUAUUUGGCGCGAUGGCUGUCCCGGCGGCGAGAGCCCUCGAGACGUCACGGAACGUCUGGACCGUCUAAUCAAGGACAUCCGCGACAGGUGGCACUCUCCCGUCAUCGGCAACAAGGAGGCCGAAAAGGGAGACGUCCUCGUCGUUGCCCACGGCCACAUCCUUCGCGCCUUCGCCAUGCGCUGGGCUGGCAAGAGCCUCCAGGACGGCCCGGCGUUUCUGCUCGAGGCCGGUGGUGUCGGCACCUUGAGCUACGAACAUCACAACAUUGACGAGCCCGCCAUCCUGUUGGGUGGUGCGUUCGCUGUCGAUAUCAUCGAGAAGGAACAACAGGCGCAGCAGUAG